UGUGUCUGUGCCUGUGCAUGCUGAUAAUGACUGAAUGUGCGGACUUCUACAUCACUGCUCAGUGAGAAAGGGACUGCAAGGUAGCCAGCCACCUUGCGCAGUACUAUGGGGGGACAGAUAACAAGAAACACUCUAUACGACUCUAUAGGUGGACCCUUUCCGGCUUCCUCUCACCGAUGCCACCACAAGCAGAAGCAUUGUCUGCCCAUCACGCAGUGCGGAGCUUUGUCGAUCAGCCCGCUGCUUUUCCAUCCCCACGCCAAGGGGUCCCAGAUCAUCAUGGACAUGGCACAGAAGGCAGUGAAGCGGCAGGCCAGCUUCUGCAACGCCAUCACCUUCAGCAACAGGCCUAUCGUGAUCUACGAGCAGGUCAGGUUAAAGAUAACAAAGAAGCAGUGUUGCUGGAGUGGGGCUCUCCGACUCGGAUUUACUUCCAAGGAUCCCUCCCGGAUUAAUCCUGACACAUUGCCAAAGUACGCUUGCCCGGACUUGGUUUCCCAGAGUGGAUUCUGGGCCAAAGCCCUGCCAGAAGAGUUUGCAAAUGAAGGAAACAUCAUAGCAUUCUGGGUGGACAAAAAGGGCCGGGUGUUUUAUCGGGUCAAUGACUCUGCUGCGAUGUUGUUCUUCAGUGGGGUGAGGAUCACGGAACCCCUGUGGGCUUUGAUUGACGUGUACGGACUCACCCGGGGGGUGCAGCUAUUAGACAGUGAAAUUAUUCCUCCCGACUGCCUGCGUCCGAGAUCUUUCACUGCAAUUCGCCGGCCCUCGCUGCGCAGGGAGACAGAGGACACCCGGCUCUCCGUGAGCCUCUGCGACCUCAACCUCCAGGAAGAGAACUUCCAUGUGCUGGCCACCAUGUGUCCCAUCCCUCAGAACUCCCUCAAUUCUCAGCAUUCCCAUCUCUUCCCAUCCCAGCUCGAAAGUGACCUCCGCUUCCACCAGCUCAGGGGAGCCCAUGUCAAAAUCCUGGACGACCAAACUGUGGCCCGGCUGGAACAUGCCCGGGAAGAGAGGACUUUGGUUUUCACCAGCAGACCCCUUAGAAUCAAUGAAACCAUUUUUGUUAAAAUUAACAAAUCAAAUGCCUCCCGCUCCGGCACACUGUCAUACGGAGUGACCUCUUGUGACCCUAGUACUCUGAGGCCCAGUGACCUUCCUUAUAACCCAGAGUCGUUGGUUGACAGGAAGGAAUUCUGGGCAGUCUGUAGAGUCUUGGUGCCCCUCCAGAGUGGAGAUAUCUUGGGGUUUAUGGUGAAUUCAGAAGGCGAACUGCAUUUGAGUCAUAAUGGUGCCAGCGCCGGCAUGCAGGUCUGCGUGGACUGUUCCCAGCCCCUCUGGAUGUUCUUUGGUUUACAUGGAGCAGUUAUGCAAAUUCGAGUAUUGGGUAUGUUUGUCUAUUUUAAAAUUUCACGCGAAAAAUAUUGA